ACUUGGUUUGAAACUGUUACCACAGUGCCAUCUGCUGGUAGCUUUGAGCAACAACAGGCGAAAUGUGCAUUUUUCCUGAUUUGGACAAACGGCGUUUCUAACUAAAGCAUUAGGAUUAAAUAAAGCUUUUUUUCCCUAAGGAAGCUACACAAGUGGACCAUCGUAAAGUCUAUUAGUUUAAUAGUUUUGACUGCCCUUGUCCUUCGUUUUUGAUCAAAAUAAGUUUGUUUUUUUUUUCUCAAUAAUGUGGCUGAACUGUUUUUUUUUUUUUACUUGUUGGUAAUGCAGCACAUUUUUCUUGUUCUAAGAUCAGACUGGUUAAAAUAUGUACAUCUGAACCCAUCGAUCUAUUUUUAUUUUUUUGAGCUUGUUUUAAACUACAUGGUUCUGACUUUUGUCCAGUUAAUCUUCCUCAACACUAGGGGGCAGCAGUGCGCAUAUAUAUCUAAUAAAAAAGCAUAGAUGCACGACUAUCCCUGUGCGCAUGCGCAGGGCACAAGGACAGACGGUUUUGGAGUUUAUCCGGUUAAUUUGAUCAUUCUUUUAUCUGGAUAUUUAAAUAUGUCUCCCAGACCUCUGGAGUCUCUGGCCAAAAGGCUGCUGAAGGCAGUGAUCGUCCUGGAGCUGGCAGGAGUCUUUGGGGCGUACGCACUCUUUCACAAGAUGAACAGCAGUCAAGAUUUUAGGAACACCGUGAACAAGAGGUUCCCAUCAGUUCUAGAAGUUUAUUAUCAGUCCAAUGAAUGGGCUGGAAUACACGGCAUCCGGGAACAAGACCAUAAAGCCUGGUCGGCAAAACAGGAAUGAAGGUUUACAGUCAAGCAAAAACGGCAACCGUGGUCAUUUCUUCUUCCUGAACGUCCUGCUGCUCCCUCUGUUGGACCGGGACAUCAUUUUCUUCCUGCGCAGCGUCUUGGCGUCGCGGCCGUGGAUCCAGUCGUCCCGCUCAGCCUCCCACCUCAGCUGCUUCAGGCCUGAAAGGGAACAUCACUUCCUGUAAAGUCUGUUUUCAUAAUGCAGAGAAGGUUUGACGGCAUCUGCUCCAAUCAAAUCAGAUAUACUGUGAUUAAACUUUAAUUUUUAUUGAAGCCCAAAUAGCACAAAAUAAAAUCUAGUGGAAACAAUCAAAUUAUGAACAACCUGAAGGUUUUAAGUUUGAAAGCAGGCAGACAUUUACAAUGACGAACACUGGAGGAGUUUUGCCAUAAAUUCUGAUGAUUUUACGGAAUUUUAGUUUAUAAUCUAAACUUUUACUCAAAAUGUAAGCACGUUUUCCACUUCCAGACAGCUAAAAGCUUCCCAUUCAUAGAUUCCCUCCAAUUCCCAAACUCAGAAACAGGAGAUGAUGUAAACAUUGUCCGUUUCUGUUUUUUUAAAUUCUGCCUCUUUGUUUUAGAGACAUGAAAUUCUUUGUAAUUUUGUCAAAACCGAUUAAAGAUUGCUGGUAUCCAGCAGAUUUCAAACCACA